AUGACGUCGACCCAAAUGACACCAAGCCCAAGCACAGCGCCAAAGCGCACUUCCGCUUCCAUCAAUACGCCGAAAAUGUCCUCCACCACUCACACACUCUCGCCUGACAAGUCUUCCACCCUGGCAGCUGCGUCGCCUGUGGCACCAAACCGUGGUGUAGACUACGAACCAGCAGCGGCGCGCAUGCUGCAACAGCAGAUCAAGGACAAUGAGCCUAUUGUGCUUGGUGGAGUGAAGAUCACCAGGGAGGAUGUGAACAGCAACAUGAGUGGCUGUGUAAGAAGACUGGCGACGGCAUUGCGAGUGGAAGCUGAGGAGGCUGCAAGGAGGGAGGUCGAGGAAGCUGCACGGAGGGAGGUUGAAGAAGCUGCGCGUAAGGAGGCCGAGGAAGCUGCACGGAAGAAAGCUGAGGAGACUGCGCGUGCUAACUCGAAGGACGCUUCUCAAGGCCAAGCUGAAACUACUAACGACAUUGCGGCUCUCGCGGUGUCAAACGAUAACGAAGGCCACGAAUUAGACUACCUCUUCUCCGACACCCCCAUCCCCGCCUCUCACAGCCACCCCAUCGAUUUCGUCAAUGUAAACGACUACCUCUUCUCCUCCAGCCCCGACAGUCCCGAUAGCGCCGAAUGGCGCCCAGAGAUCAUGCCCGACCUGCCACCCAACUUUGGCAAAAUGGAUCUCGCUGCAAUGACACGACGAGCCUUCGCUGAGGAACCCUCACCCCCACAGCCAGAAGAGCAGCCCGAGCCUGAGCAGGAAGAAGAUACACUAGCCGACCUGAGUUACCCAGAAGCCUGGUUCAUAGAAGACGUCGAGGACUUCGUGACUAGUGGUCCGCUUCCUGAGUGGAUGCAACGGCCUGAGACGGAUUUCACUUUGGGGGAGAUGGAGAAGAUGGAGGGUUGGGAUAAGGAUAUGGUGACGCCUUCGGAUCCGGAGGAGUGGGUGCAGGCGACCAGGGCUUGGCAGAAAGAUAAGAAGGUGGGUGCGCGUUGA